GCAGGGCCUUUAGAGCAGGCCGUGGAGUCCGCAGGCCAAGGCCGACCGCGCUGCUCUGGGGCGGGCGGGCGUUCCCGCAUGGGGCUGUAAUGCCACGAUCGGCCACAGGAGGGCGGCCAUAUUCCAGACCCCACUGCGGAAGCCUCCGCAACUGCUCCAAGAACUUUAUUUUAUGCAGACUGGCGGCGAGAGCAGCUGCAGUUCGCAUCUCAGGCAGUACCUGGAGGAGCUUGCCGCUGCCUCCCCAGAACAUCUUCUGAUCGCUGCCCAGGGCCAGGCACCAAGGACAGGGACUCCCAGGUGCAGACCCCCCAUUCGGGGUCCCCCAGGCGCAGACCCCCCACUCCGCCACAGGUUGCAUCUUGACCUGGUCCUCCUGCAGAAGUGGCCCCUGUGGUCCUGCUCUGAGACUCGUUCCUGGGCACCCCUGCAGCCCCUUUCUAUGACUCCAUCUGGAUUUGGCUGGCUGUGGGGACGCGGUCGGAGGGGCGGCCUGGGUCUCAGCGUGGUGGCAGCCAGCUCUCCGGCCACCAUGGCGAAUGCCGGGAUCUGAGGGGACAAGACUCCACAGCCUCAGCCAGGGGCACUCAGCUGUUGCAGGGCGCGAUGGAGAACAAAGCCAUGUACCUGCACACUGUCAGCGACUGCGACGCCAGCUCCAUCUGCGAGGAUUCCUUUGAUGGCAGGAGCCUGUCCAAACUGAACCUGUGUGAGGGCGGUCCAUGCCACAGACGGCGGGCGAGCAGCUGCUGUACCCAGCUGGGGUCUCUGUCGGCCCUGAAGCAUGCUGUCCUGGGGCUCUACCUGCUGGUCUUCCUGAUUCUUGUGGGCAUCUUCAUCUUAGCAGUGUCCAGGCCGCGCAGCUCCCCUGACGACCUGAAGGCCUUGACUCGCAAUGUGAACCGGCUGAAUGAGAGCUUCCGGGACUUGCAGCUGCGGCUUCUGCAGGCUCCGCUGCAGGCGGACCUGACGGAGCAGGUGUGGAAGGUGCAGGACGUGCUGCAGAACCAGUCGGACUCGCUGCUGGCGCUGGCGGGCGCGGUGCAGCGGCUGGAGGGCGCGCUGUGGGGGCUGCAGGCGCAGGCGGUGCAGACGGAGCAGGCGGUGGCCCUGCUGCGUGACCGCACGGGCCAGCAGAGCGACUCGGCGCAGCUGGAGCUGUACCAGCUGCAGGUGGAGAGCAACAGCAGCCAGCUGCUGCUGCGGCGCCACGCGGGCCUGCUGGACGGGCUGGCGCGCAGGGUGGGCGUCCUGGGCGAGGAAUUGGCGGACGUGGGCGGCGUACUGCGUGGCCUCAACCACAGCCUGUCCUAUGACGUGGCCCUCCACCGCACGCGACUGCAGGACCUGCGGGUGCUGGUGAGCAACGCCAGCGAGGACACGCGCCGCCUGCGCCUGGCACACGUGGGCAUGGAGCUGCAGCUGAAGCAGGAGCUGGCCAUGCUCAACGCAGUCACCGAGGACCUGCGCCUCAAGGACUGGGAGCACUCCAUCGCGCUGCGGAACAUCUCCCUCGCCAAAGGGCCACCCGGACCCAAAGGUGAUCAGGGGGAUGAAGGAAGGGAAGGCAGGCCUGGUAUCCCUGGAUUGCCUGGACUUCGAGGUCUGCCCGGGGAGAGAGGUACCCCAGGACUGCCCGGGCCCAAAGGUGACGAUGGGAAGCUGGGGGCCACAGGACCAAUGGGCAUGCGUGGGUUCAAAGGUGACCGAGGCCCAAAGGGAGAGAAAGGGGAAAAAGGAGACAGAGCCGGAGAUGCCGGUGUCGUCGAGGCCCCGAUGCUGAUCCGCCUGGUGAACGGCUCAGGCCCUCACGAGGGCCGCGUGGAGGUGUAUCACGACCGGCGCUGGGGCACCGUGUGUGAUGACGGCUGGGACAAGAAGGACGGAGACGUGGUGUGCCGCAUGCUGGGCUUCCGCGGGGUGGAGGAGGUGUACCGCACGGCUCGAUUCGGGCAAGGCACUGGGAGGAUCUGGAUGGAUGACGUCGCCUGCAAGGGCACAGAGGAAACCAUCUUCCGCUGCAGCUUCUCUAAAUGGGGGGUGACAAACUGUGGGCAUGCAGAAGAUGCCAGUGUGACAUGCAACAGACACUGAAAGUGGGCAGAGCUCAAUCUCGGGGUCCCACACAGAGCAUCCUUCCUGCAUCCCUGGGGCGGGGCACGGCUUGGGGCUGCCCUGACCAUCCCUUGGCCACACCUGGUCCAGCACUCCCCGUCCUCACACCUGCAUCCCAGGACCGCAGGGGCCAGUCAUCACAUACCUGUUGAACAUGUGCUCCAAAGAGUAGCUCUGGGAUCUACUGCGUGCCUCUCUCUCGCACGAGGUUCCUGCGUGAGGAGCCCUGGUCAACUGGAUCACCACUUUGCCCAGCUUCUGAGCACCAUGCACCAGGCCUCAAUAUCCCAGUUCCCUUUGGUCUUUGAGUUACCGGUGAAUGCUGAGAAUGUGUCAGAGACACGUGCAGCAGCAGAGAUGGGUGGUAGUGUGGGGUCAUUUACUCUUCAGACAAUCCCCAAACCUCCAUCAGGCCAAGAGUUUCAACAUCUUCCUCCCCAGCAAGAGGCAAUGCCGAGUGAUGCAUUUUCCCCCUUUCCUCGGCCUCUGCUCCCUAUUUGCUAGUCUGGGGAAGUGACAUAGAGGAGAAGCCAGCUCUAGGGCAAGAGGGAAAUGCAAGUCACCUCCAGGAAUCCAGCUAGAUGUGGAGAAGGAAAGAAACUAGCCUUGAAUGAUCGCCAUGGCGUGCUGAAUAGUGUCUUGGGUGCUAAAUUCAUUUAUCCACUUUGCUGCACUGGCCCAAGGCCUGUCAGUCUGGGUAUGACCUUACCUCUGGGUAGCACUUAACUGGUCCACUCACCUAGCCUGCAAGUCAGAAGACAAUGACUGAGACUGUGUUCCUGCCUGAACUUAGCGUCCUUAGUAGGCCUGAGCAAGAAGUCUGGGUGCAGGACCCGUGUGACCGGAACGUCACAUGCUCUGGAACCCACAGGGUGUGAGUGCAAGGUCAAACGUGAUUGGCUUCCAGGCCAACCAUCCAUGUAGGAGGAGAGCGGAUUUGGAGCGUGACAUGGAAGCUGCCCGUGUUAAACCUGAGUCCAGUGCUCUGACACUGGGCAUUCAGGGUUAAUGCCAAGUCAUGUGUGUUUCAGCUCUUUGGAGGUGAUGCUAUUGCAUCUCCAGGUGUGAAUCUGUGGUCGGGAAAAUGCAAGUCCUAACGGAACCCCUAGGGGUGGAAGGAAGUGAAGAUUCCCUCUAACCUCUGGGGGUGAGGUCGGGGAAUAAGAGGCCUUGGGCCUCCAUAAGUCUGCAAUCUGCACCCCCCUCCUAGAGACAGGGAGAUCGUGUUCUGCUUUUUACAUGAGCAGAACUGGGCCAUACAUGUGUUCAAGAAAUAGGAGGAGCUACCUGGUAGCAAGUGAGUGCAGACCUCACCUUGGGGGAGUCUCAAACUCAUAGGCCUCAGAUACACAAUCACCUGUCAUAUCAGGUGAGCACUGGCCCGCUUGGGGAGAGACCUCGCCCCUCCAGGUGUAGGACCAGGAAGACUCCUGGCUGACAACUAAGCCAGUGUGGCCCUACGUCAUUCUUGCUUCCAAUAUGCUUGCUACUCCUUAAUGUCCUAACGAUGAGAAACUCUCCUUCUGACCAAUUGCUAUGUUUACGUAGCACACAUGUACUCACGCAUCCUUUUCCAGAGACAAUAUAUGUAUGCAUAUAUAAACAUAGCACUUUUUACUACAUAGCUCAACACGUUGCAAAGUUUGCAUUUAAAAAAAAUAAAUAAAUAAUAAAGGUGAAAAGAUGCCACAUUGAACAAACUACAUUCCCAACCGGGUUCUGGCAAAGAAUCCAGUUACCCCUUCCAUGAACACACACAUAACUCUCUUACUUGGUCUUCUCAUUGGGGGAAAACAGAAUUCUUGUUUUGCAUCAAAUAAAACAAAAGGUGUUUGAACCUUAAAAAUGGAAGUCUACUAGUUUACAGACCUACUUCAGAGGACAUGGAAAUGACCAUGUGCCUGCAUUUCAGGGACUGAAGGAAAUUAGGCCUGGCCUAAAAUGCAUCAGACCUUUUGUAAGAAAGAAUUUCAAUAAAGCAAAAAACAUGUCACUAACAA